CUAAACAAAAUCAUGAGUUUUGUUUAUUUUAAGAUCAGAUUACAUUCCUAUUGUAGUACUUUUUAAGUUUCAUGUAAUUUUGUAAUGGGUUGAAUUUUCCAACAAAUUAUGUACUAAAACAUAAAUGAAUAAGUUGUUAAAAUGAAUACUAAUAAUCAUGGUUGGACCUUAUGCCCUUCCAAAAGAUUUCCCGGUAAAUUUUAUUAUUUUAACGUCUUGAAUGGUGAAGCAGCUUGGAGUUUGACUGAUAAUGAAGGUACAGCCGUGGAAAAGAAUAAAGAAAUACAUAACAUCACAGACAACAAGCAUAAUUAUGCCGAACCAAGCAAUCCUCCUGAAAAUUCCAGACCAAUGACAGGGCCAAAGUAUUAUCCCAAAAUCGUACCAGAAUUUGGUCAAGCAGUCUUCCCUAAGUAUGUUCAGCCUUCUGUACCAAAUAUUGUUUGGACACCAAUACAUUUGCCAACACCUCUGUUUGCUACUUACAAUGUCAAGUCCACUGAAGAUAAAUUGACACAAACCGAGAUAGAUACACAUUUCCAAAUCCAAAAUACUAGGAUUCCUCUAAAUGAACGAUUCAUGAAUUAUAAAAGACCUGGAAUACAUUUCAAUGAAGACAUGAAUCUACAAAAUAAACCUGUUUUGAAUAAUGCUCAUUCUCCAAAUGAAACAUUUGGUACAUUUAGUCCAUUUAGUCCAACAGCUAAAUGUUUAAUCAAAGAACCAAUACUGAAAUUAAAUACUGACUUUCCUUCAUUGACCCCAAAAACACAAUCUCAAAACAAAUUCCUUCAAGAUUUUUCUAAAGUAAACCAAAAUGUUUUUUUUAAAGUAAACAAUAACAUUAAAUCCAAUAGUGAAAACACUUUUGCAAGACAGGAAAAUGGUAACGCUAAUAAUGAAUCAUUUAAAAACGAAGAAUGUCUGAUGAUAAAUUCACAAGGAGUACAAGAUCACAAAGAUCUAACGAAGUUAGAAAAACAUGAUCUGAGGCUAUUACUGCUUGCCAAAAAGAGAGGAACAUCUGAAAGGGUACAUCCUAGUAUUGAAAAAAAAACCAAGACAGUAUCGGAUGAACCAUCUAAACUGCUAACGUCUAUGAGGGUUACGUUCAAUUUAAACAAUCAAGAUUACAAUGAAGAGGAUAAACAGAACCAGAAUGUGACAUGGAAUUUGAGGAAUUUGUUUCUGGAAGACAUCAAUAGUUAUUUUCUCAUUGACAUCGAAACGUUUUUGGAGAAAUUGAAUUUGAUAGAAUGUUACAUUGCAGAAGAUGAGAACCGACGUCUCCUGAUACCGGAGCUGAUGUGGAACGAAAUUGAUGCCUUCUCUAGGGUCGACGCUCGUGACAUUAAAAUUGUAUGUGCGGCCAGGAAAAUAACGCGGAUGCUGGCAACACCGACACAGCAGUUUAUUAUCUUGCAAAAUAAAUGGGACGAACAUUUGAGAAUGUCGACGAACGAUCUGAUACUGAACUACUGUAUCGAGAUGGGUCACAGAGCGAUACUGAUAACGGACGAUUCGAAUCUGCGAAAACGGGCGGUAAAUUUAAAAAUAAAAUGCUUGAGCACUCAACAGAUCAGUUCAGAACGAAACGACUGUGACAUUCAUUUGUACAGAAAUAAAAGUCAAAAUGACGUCACUCAUCACUCUGAAGCAACAGGGAGCUGGCGCAUUGGCGAUGGCGCAUAUAAACUGACAUGCGACAAUAACACUGACGGCCAAAGGAAGUUGUCAUUUAAAAACACGAAAGGAACGGAAAACUUCGAGUUCAAUGCCAACGAGAUUGGGAAUGAAUGGAAUGAACGGUUUUUGAAUUUCGUUCCCGCAGACCACAGUCUAAGUUCCAUAGACAACGAAUUGAAAGGUUUCUCCGUGGUGAACGAUUUGAUCGAGCACAGAUUAAGGAGCAGAUUCGACGAAUGGACCUGUAGCUUCACGCAGAUCAUGGAGAGCACUAUUUUGAAUAUAAUACAGCCAAACGACAGACAACCUAUCAAUAGUUUAAUAGAAGCAUUAAUGAAACUCCGAAAUUAUUGUGAAGACGAAAAUAUUAAUAACAUCAUAAAGAAACUAAAGGACCUGUUCGAAAAUAAUUGUCAGAGAGGUAAAAUAAAGAAAGACAUUAUCGGGAAUGAAUUUAUGAAAAUAAUCGGCUGCGGUUUUAUUUUAUUAAAGAAUCUACAGAUAUACUACGCUAACGACCGGGACCUCGAGGAAGCCUGCGAGUCCAUGGACCACUUGAUACGUAACAUCGUGGACCCGGCCGCCGACCCGCACGCGCCCGACCACAGCGACAGCGACGCGCAGCAUCCGCCCGCCGGGACGGAUGCGCAGCACGAGAGGCGGAUCUUUAGAAAGAAAUCAACGGAAGUACUAAAUUACGUGAUGAAGCACUACCCUCAGUGGGAGAGCUGCGAGGGAAACGACGUGACCAGGAUCGCUGAUGAAAAGGCACAAAAAAUCCCCGACAGCCGGAAGGUAUUCAGGGCUUUGGGUAAAGAUUUGAAUCACCUAAAAAUAGACAGAAACAACAAUAUGUCUAUGACCGAAGCCAAUUUCGUACCGAAGACGACCCAGAAAGCUGUUAAUAAUAUCGGGAAAAUCAUUGAAGAUGGCAACAUUGAAACGGCCAGACCGAUGCUGAAACAUCAAAACGAUACGAUUCAAACGCAGAACAGAAUUGAGAAGAAAAUCGAUUUAAACACGAAGGAAGGGAUCAAUGGAAAGAAACUGAACAAUGAAGCUUCGAAAUUUGAAAAUUCAAAUGUCAUUACCGGCGCGGUUCGGUGCGAUAGUGAUGUGCGACUGGCGAUGAACAUAAACAGUUCCGAUUUGAAUCGAGACGUUUUGAAUGACGUUGAUGACGUCAUGUCCGUCAACGAUUUAUCCGACAGCGGUAUUGAAAACGACAGCUACCAAGCUUAUUCUCUGGCCAAGUCAUUUUUCUACGAGCUCAGCACGACUUUCAUUGAAGUACACGAAUUCAUAAACGAAACCGGCUCGUUGAUCCGACACAAGGACAUGGAGGAGCCGGAGAAGAUGGAAAUUAAUAAUAAAAUAAGGAAGACCUUAGAAUUGGUUAAUAAUGUUACUGGGAACUUGAAGAGGAUAAUAGAACGUGAAGACGACGGCGACAGGACAAUAAGACGGUACCUCAUUAAGGCGGGCAUCGAAGCAACCGCGGACCGGCGAAUGGACAAGUACGGUCAAGUAACGAAGAAAUGCCUGGAGCAAUGGCGCCACUCGCAAUCCGCGCUGCGGGCGAUGUUGGCACUGACCGAUAUCGUUAGCGACGAAACGUACGAUUUUGAUAACGCGACGAGCUCAGGUAGCGUACAGUAUAUUAAUAUAUUCGAAUAAUCAAUCUUCAAGGCUAAGAUUGUCCGGAAAUAUUCCUAAUCGGGUUUCCGUGUCGGAAAUCGCGGUUUAGAAUAGUCGGAAUGCAGGCCUUUCUGACAGAAUUCUCUAUAGGGGAGGACGUAUUAAAACAAAAUUGAAUUUGUUAAAUGUUCAUAAAAAAAAAAAAACUAAGCGACAAUAGAUUUUAAAUUUCUGUUUGCGUAUUGCAUCGUAAAAAUCUACGAGCUUCCACGACGCGUCGUAAGAACUUGCGAAUUGAUUCGCGUCUCGCAUUCCUGCGAUGUUAAAGGCUUCGUCAAACAGAACGCGUAAUUAGCGCGCGUCAGAGCGCUAAACUGAC